UACAAAACGAAAGAGCCGCGAAGGGCCGUCGACCAAGCCCUUCCACGCCACUGCCUUGCCUCUUCCGUCACACUCGGGGCCUCCAAAUCCAUCCCCCAAACCAAACGUAUAAACACUCCACUCUCACGUUGCUUUCUUGAUUACAUUCAAUCUUUCAAACCGAUUUUUUCUUGCUGUCUUUUUCACCGGAAGUUGUGGAAGAUUACGAAAUGAUGGAUCGAAGAGGAUCAUAGCGGUUUCUUUUCUUCUCUGGAAGACGGCAUGAUGUGGAGGAGAUGGUGUUCUUGUGCUUGUUUAUCCAGUCGGAGAUUGUUGAUGAAUGGAGCUCCCGGCGUGUUUUCUCCUGUACCUUCUAAUGGUACUUUUGGUCUUGGAGGAAUUUCUUUAAUUCCAUCGACGACGGUACGUUCGUCGGCCUGGUUUUAUACCAGAGUGGUUUCGUUUUCGUCAUCUGGAGAUUCGGAGAAUUCUGCAGGGGACAAAAGUGAGAGUGGUGACUUUGGAAUUGGCGGAGAAACGGUAUCGUCUGCGGAGGCCAAAAGGUUGAUGAGAUUGGUCAACGUCGAGGCGCUGAAGAUGAAAUUGGGGACUGAGGGGAAGGAGGCCAUUGGAUAUUCGGAGCUUCUCGAAGCUUGUAAAAGCAUGGGCAUGGCUAGGUCCAAUGACGAAGCUGCUGCUUUUGCUCGAGUCCUCGAUGAGGCUGGCGUGGUUCUUCUCUUCCGCGACAAGGUCUAUCUUCAUCCUGACAAGGUGGUGGAUCUGGUCCGACGAGCAAUUCCGAUUGCUUUGAUGCCCGAAGACGACCCAACGAGGAGCGAGCUAAAGCAGCUGCAAGAAAAGAAGGAAGACAUUGAUGUAUUGGCACAUAAGCAGGUGCGACGAAUCCUGUGGACGGGGCUUGGGUUAGCCAUUGUGCAAGUUGGACUGUUCUUCAGGCUGACAUUCUGGGAAUUCUCAUGGGAUGUAAUGGAACCAAUUGCAUUUUUCACCACAACAACUGGAUUGGUGAUGGGCUAUGCUUAUUUCCUGUUCACUUCAAGAGAUCCCACUUACCAGGAUCUGUUGAAGAGGCUUUUCCUGUCAAGGCAAAGGAAGUUGUUCAAGAAGCAUUCUUUUGAUGUUUGCAGAUUCAAAGAGUUGCAGAAGAAAUGCAAGAUGCCUCUCGACGCCACCGCCAAUAUUAAGAAUCGGGUGGGCGUAGAUCUCGACCUUGAAGAUUGCUUGAGUAGAGAUUAACUACUUAUUACACAGGUAAGUGGUUCUUAACUACUAUUAACAUCCCUAAUCUUUUCUUUCUGGGGGCUGUCAUUCAAUUUUUAAAUUUAGUUAUGAACUGGUAAACAAAAUACUUGCCUUGUUCAAUCAUAUAUGAACUCAAAUAACCAUGCCAUUUUCAUAGCUUCUGUGUCUUUACUGCCCACCUGCAUUGCUUUUGUGCUUGUGAAGUGAAUUCUGAGGCAUUUUGUUGAUAUAAUAUUGCAUUGCAAGUGAGACCUCAGCCUGCUAACGAGCUAUGCGGAGGAAUCCCUCCGCGGCCAGCUUCUUAGAGGGACUAUGGCCGCUUAGGCCAAGGAAGUUUGAG